UGAAAAAGCAGGAGCGGGGAAGACCAAAAGAGGAAAAGUUUCUUCACUUCUCACUUUACAAGGAGAAUAUGGGAACCUCAGAGUGUAUUUCUAAACUUGCCAGGAACUUGAGAUCUAAAGAUAGGUUUUUCAGCUUUGCAGGCACUAAGGACAAACGAGGCCGAACUUUGCAGAGAGUUGCUGUUUCUCUUAUUAAACCGGAAGCUCUACAAGAUGCUGCUGAGAGGUUGAACAAGGAGAGGGGAGGAGGAGUAGCUGUCGGUCAUUUCACAUACCAUCCACAAGGAUUGAGACUAGGAGACCUUCAAGGAAACCGGUUUAGAAUGGUUGUAAGAAAUAUCGAAAACACUGCUACUGAACUAUCCAUUAGAUCUUCCAUGGAGUACUUUACUGAUCAUGGUUUUAUCAAUUACUACGGAAUGCAGAGGUUUGGAACAUCGGAAAUAUCAACACACAAGAUUGGUCUGGCAAUAUUAAAGAAUGAUUUCCAAGGGGCCAUUGAUCUAAUCCUUGCUCCCCGUCCCAGCCAAUACCAUGAUCUAAGGUUUGUUCUGACAAGUUAUGCAAAAGAGAAGAAUGCUAAAGAAGCCUUUAACUCCCUGAGUUACCGUCUCAAGGGAUCAGUUGAGGGAAAACUACUCUCAGGCCUGGCUCAUGCUCAUCAGAAUGAUAAGGUUAAUGCUCUGAAAGGGAUCCCUGUUGGUAUUAGACAAAUGUACGGACAUGCUUACCAAUCCUACAUUUGGAACAGACUGGUAUCAAAGAGGCUGAGUACUAUUGGUGAGAGUGUACUGGAGGGGGACUUGGUACUUGACCUGGAGAAUCCCAAGGAUCAUGAGAACAGGAUAAACUUGAAGUAUGUAAUUGAUCCAAGCUUACAUAAAAUAGACGAGGUUUAUAUACCGCUACCAGGUCACACCAUAAAAUUGCCUAAGAAUGAUACUGCUCAAUGGAUGAUGGAAAUUCUAAAGGAGGAUGGUUUAGUCUUAGAGAACUUUAAGAACUCUACAAGAGAGUACGAUCUGCCGGGAGAGUACAGGAAAAUAAUCACAAAGGCUAGUGAUCUAUCUUGGAACCUGGUGAAGUAUAAUCAGCAGGAGGAGGAUCUAGUAUAUUCUGAUCUAGAACAAGCAACUAGUGAUAAUAAGAGUCCCAGAAAACUUGGUGAUGAGACUGGUAAAUUUACUGCUCUUGUUCUCAAUAUGUCUCUUCCUUCCUCAAGUUAUGCUACCAUGGCACUCAGAGAAAUAAUGCGGGUCAAAACAGAUUUAAAAUCAAUGAAGAGUACUGAACCUGAGGAGGAGGAUUCAAUGAUCCCUGCUGAAGAUGAAGAUGAGGAGGAGGGAAGAAAAUCCUCAAACUCUGUUGCUGGUGUACACUCAGACCGUCCAGGCGGGGGUGUACAGCGAGGAAGAAAUGAUAACGGCAAUGGAGGCCAAGAACCAUGCAGUAAGCGACCAAGAAACCGUUACUAACUAAUGGAAUAAAUUUUUUACUAAGAGAA